AUGGCUUCGUCUAUCACUGAGGCGCAGGCCGCGCUUAUUUCCUCCUUGACUCCCGAUGACAUUCCCCACAAACUGCGAUGUGCAAACUGCAGCAAGCUUGCUGUCAAUGCUUUCCGGCUACCCUGCUGUGAACAAGCGAUAUGUGAAACUUGUCACUCGAGUCUCCCAUCAUCUUGUCCUGUUUGCGAACACUCGCCACUCUCCGCCGAUGAUUGCUCGCCGAACAAAUCGCUUCGCACGACGAUCAAGGUCUUUCUUCGCACCGCCGAGAAAAAGCGAGAGGCGAACAAGCCCAAGGACAUUCCGGAGCCGACUCCCCAAACUUCGGUCGAGGCCACCCCAGCGCAUGACUCCGGCGAUGCCCAGCCUGCGGACGCUAACGGAGAGGCUACCAAUGGAGCACCAGGAGCACAGGCUUUGGCUGUUACCGCUGUCGACUCCUCCACAGUACCCGCCCCCGGCGUGAAUCAGCAGCAGCACGAAGUCUCUGGCGCUCAGCAAGAGGAGGCCAGCACUUCCAACCACUUGGAGGAAGCGAAUGAUGAUGACGACAGCGACGAAGACUCGGACGACGAUGUCAUCAUCACCACGAAGCGGCCGGAACAACCUCCUCAAGAAAAUGAGGAGGUAGAAGAAUAUGUCGUGGAAGACGGUCAGGGUGAUGAUGGAAAUGACCAGGGGCAGGCGCCACACGGAGACGGGUUCUCGAACCAAAUGUUUCCGGGGGGUGGCGACUUUAACCAAAUGCAGAUGAUGAUGGCCAUGCAGAACAACAUGGGCUUCCCAAUGAUGGGCAUGAACCUGGACCCCAUGACGCAGAACAUGUUUAUGAACGGGGGCUUUCAAGGCAUGGGCAUGAACGGCAUGGGCGGAUUUGGAGGCGGCUACGAUAAUAACUGGAACGGUUCUCAGUCAUGGAAUUUCGACCAGAAUAAUUUCAAUCAAAAUGGCGCUGGUGUGAACACUGGUGACUUUGGGAACUUUAACUCUGGCUACCAGACAGGCUACAAUCAAGGUAACUAUGGCCAAUAUAAUAACUAUCGCCAGCAAAAUUAUCGUGGCCGUGGCCGUGGCCGCGGAUACUAUGGAGGAUACGGUCGUGGUGGUUUCCAGCAGGGCGGAGGCUACUAUGGCCAAGGCCAGACGCAGCAAGGCCAGUAUGACGCUUCUGCUCAGUCAUUACAGCCGGCCAGCAUACAAGGUGACGCCCAAAUUGUGCAUCAAGACAAACAGGAUGGCCAGCCCGCCGACGUUCCCGUAAAUGCUCCGACGGGUCCAAAGGCUAUGCGUCAAGGUCUGCCCAACACCAGCCUGCACAAUCUACGCGCAAGAGGCUAUCAGGUUGGCGACUCCGCCACGGAAGGUUCUGGCGAUGGCCAGAGCAGAUCUCAGUUCGACGACGCUGAGCGCGACACCGAUGCAGCUGACCACAGAUCAUCGCACGGCGACCAUGGUCGCGACCAGUCCUUGCAACAGUCUCGAGCGACUAGUAGAGCGCAGAGUCGCAGUCGCAGCUGGGGAGAUAGAAGCUCCCAUCGACGAGCACGCGACCGCUCGCAGACUGUCGAUGACCGACAAGACGACGACUCGUACAGCCGUAGUAGAAAGCACAGGGGGCGCAAACACUCCUCUCGGCAUGACGACGAGGAGCUACGACGCGAGAAAGGCGGCGGUGAGCGCUCAAGGUCAGCCUCCCCCGAGGAAGGGAAGAAGUCGAGCCGCCACAGCCGUCGCGAGAGAGACUCGGACCGUCAUCGCGACAAGGAAAGGCAUCGCGAUGACAAGCCCAGCCACAAAUCACAAAGAGAUCGAGAUCGGGACCGUGACCGUGACCGUGAUCACGACCACUCGCGGCGCAGAGAGAGGGAUAAGGACCGCGACCGCGACCGUGACCGCGAUCGUGACAGGGACCGCGACCGCGACCGUGACCGUCGCGACCGACAUCGAGACCGCGACCGCGAUAGGGACCGUGAUAGAGAUAAGGACCGUCGCGAGCGCAAAGACCGCCACAGAGACCGCGACCGAGACCGCGACCGGGAGGGCCGAGACGACGGGAAGCACUCGACUGACGGCGUCUCCACGCCCGCGGAGGCGAACAACGGCGGCGGCGGGAGCAGCGUGGCAGCGACGAAAGACCCGCACACGCUGGAGCGCGAGGCGCGCAACCGCGAGCGUCUACUGAAGGAGGCUCAGCGCAUGGCCGGCCUCGGCGGCGGCGGCGGCGGCGGCAGCGGCGGCACGAAGCGCAGUCGCGGUGGUGGUAGCGGUGCCGGGGAGGACGGCACCGACAGCACGGGCAGUCGCAAGGGCCGACGCACCGCGGACGGAAGCCGGCGCAGCGACGCGGCGCCCGCGACGGACGGCGAGGGUGAGCGCGGGGGCGGCCGGCGAUACGACUAG